CUUCCCCACACAGCAAUACAUCACGCUCUCCGCCGCCGCGCCGACUGUCAGUUCUCAACGGAGAAACCCAAAAUCUUGAUUUUCAGAUCACGGCCAGACAUGGGAACCGAUCCGGUUCUCCUCUCGACCGAUCACAAGCCGGUCCUCAUCCGUCAAGUGUGGGCGCACAACCUCGACGACGAGUUCUCCCUCAUCCGCGCAAUCAUCGGAAACUAUCCCUACGUGUCCAUGGACACGGAAUUUCCGGGCGUCGUCUUCGCCCCCUCCGGCGGCCACUACCUCCAGCGAGACCCCCGCGAGCAGUACCGACUCAUGAAGAAGAAUGUGGACGCGCUGAAGCUGAUCCAGGUGGGCCUCACCUUCUCCGACGCCUACGGUAACCUCCCCGACUUCGGGAUGCCCUGCAGCUUCAUCUGGGAGUUCAACUUCAGGGACUUCGACGUCGGCCGUGACCCCCACGCCCCCGACUCCAUCGCUCUCCUCCGCCGCCAGGGCAUCGACUUCGAGCGGAACCGGGAGGAGGGGAUCGAGUCCCACCGGUUCGCUGAGCUGAUGUACACUUCAGGCAUGCUCUUCGGCCGCGGCGGCAUCACGUGGGUCACCUUCCACGGGUCUUACGACUUCGCUUACCUUGUUAAGAUCCUCUCGAAGUGGGACUCUCUCCCGGCCAAGUUGGAGGACUUCCUCUGCCUGAUGCGAGUUUUCUUCGGCGACCGCGUGUACGACAUCAAAUACAUGAUGCGGUUUUGCAACAGCCUGUACGGUGGUCUCGAGCGCUUGGCGAAGACUCUCCAGGUGGACCGGGCGGUCGGGAAGUGUCAUCAGGCCGGUUCGGACAGCCUGCUGACAUGGCGUGCUUUUCAGAGGAUGAGAGACAUUUUCUUCGUCAACGCCCAGCCGGAGAGGCUCGCCGGAGUGUUGUACGGGCUUGAGAUUGACAUGCCGGUCCUCAUCCGUCAAGUGUGGGCGCACAACCUCGACAACGAGAUCUCCCUCAUCCGCUCAAUCAUCGGAAGCUAUCCCUACGUGUCCAUGGACACGGAAUUUCCGGGCACCGUCUUCGCCCCCCCCGGCGGCCACUACCUCCAGCGCGAUCCCCGCGAGCAGUACCGACUCAUGAAGAAGAAUGUGGACGCGCUGAAGCUGAUCCAGGUGGGCCUCACCUUCGCCGACGCCUACGGCAACCUCCCCGACUUCGGGAUGCCCUGCAGCUUCAUCUGGGAGUUCAACUUCAGGGACUUCGACGCCGCCCGUGACCCCCACGCGCCCGACUCCAUCGCUCUCCUCCGCCGCCAGGGCAUCGACUUCGAGAGGAACCGGGAGGAGGGGAUCGAGUCUCGCCGGUUUGCCGACGUGAUGUAUAUGUCCGGCGUGCUAUUCGGACGGGGCGGCGUCACGUGGGUCACCUUCCACGGAGGUUACGACUUUGCCUACCUCGUCAAGGUCCUCUCGAAGUGGGACCAGCUGCCGGCCCGGCUGGAGGACUUCCUCAGUCUGGUGGGGGUCUUCUUCGGCAACCGUGUGUACGAUGUGAAGCAUAUGAUGCGGUUCUGCAACGGCCUGUACGGCGGUCUAGAGCGCGUGGCGAACACUCUCCAGUUGGACCGAGCAGUCGGGAAGUGCCACCAGGCCGGUUCUGACAGCUUGCUGACGUGGCGCGUGUUUCAGAGGAUGAGAGAUCUUUUCUUCGUCAACGCUCGGCAGGAGAGGCUCGCAGGAGUGUUGUAUGGACUUGAGAUUGACCUAAUCAAUACUAAUAAAUGAAUAAAAAUUUAUAUCCAUGACUUCAUUGAUUUUAAA